AUGGCAGAAUCAGGCCCCCCGCGACCCCUUACCCCGCCGUCGCCCACAUCGAGUGAGAUCCUCAUGGAGGAAAUGGCACUCCAAGGCAUAGGAACUGGAAGCGUUGGAAUCAGUGCCACCGAGGCUCGACGCAUCGCCGCUGCUCGCCUGGCUGCUGCUGCUGCUGCUGCUCCUACCAAGGCCGACGAUACCACAUCUGAUGCGGCGCCCACAGGGUUAGACGAGCCCAGCCAAGCGACCGUUGAAGACGUUGAGGAUGACGAUGAUGAUGAAGAAGAGCAUGCCCAGCGUCAGGCCAAGUUGGAGGAGGAAGCAGAAGAACACCAUGCCGCAUUGCUGGCCAUGUUGGAGGAGCAGGGUCACGCAGAGUGA